AUGAUUCGCACAGAUGUUUAUGAUCGUGACAUUAGACCCAUCAUUGUUUUCAACCAAUACUCUGUAACACCAGUUAAGUUUUUGCAUGACGACGACGAUGUUGUAAAUUAUACAAGUCCUUAUAAUGAAUCUGUUGUGAAUACAACUGAAGUAUUUAAAGCAGACGCUGACUCGGAUAAUGUUCCAAUUAAUUCAAAUUGUGUGAACACAAUUAGUCCAAUUGAUUUAUCUACUUCAAAGAAUGAUAGUCCGGUGCAACCAAUACUCAAUUUCUUCCCAUCAACUAAUGGUAGAAGGUUUUCUGCUGUGUGGUAUACAUACAAUUGGAUUGAGUAUACUAUUACUGAAGAUUCAAUUUAUUGUUUUGCUUGUCGUCAUUUUUUAUCUCUUACGAACAACCCAGGAACUAUAAUAGGGAAAAUACCAUUUGUUAAUUACGGUUUAAAAUUCUGGAAAGAACCAAAAAAAACUUUAAAUAGUCAUUGUAGAAAUAAGAAACAUUUAUUGUUUGGGUUUAUUCGUUGGGUGGAUUAUCGUAAUAUUCAACAAAAUGUACAACAAUCAAUUGCUUGUAGUCUGAAAAAAGCUAGACAAAAGGAUAUUCAUGAAAACCGAUUGCACGUUCAUUUUUUGUUAAAAUCUGCACUAUUUCUUGCAAAACAAGGAUUAGCCUUCCGUGGUCACAAUGAGAUGAUUAGUUCAAAUAACCGAGGUAAUUACAUUGAAUGA